AAGAUGGCUGAUCUGAAGGACAAUGGAACUUCACCUUACCGAGCAUCUGACAAGAUGGCUGACCUGAAGGACAACGGAACUUCACCUGGUCGUGCAUCUGACAAGAUGGCUGACCUGAAGGACAACGGAACUUCACCUGACCCUGUAUCAGACAAGAUGGCUGACCCCAAGGACAGUGAAACUGCACCAGACCGUCCUUCCUCCAAUAAGUCCAGCAGCUCCAGACUGUCCCAAGAUACGGAGGACCAACGAGACACAUGUUCAGAACUGCCGUCACCCUCCUCCUCCCGUCUCUCCAACUACAGUGAAAUGUCCACAGCGUCUUCCAGAACAUUCUACCCCCCACCCGGCUACCCCAAUCCAGCUAUCAACAUGUCACCCGGGUACCCACCAAACGGCUACCCUGAUAGCGGUUACCCCAUACGUAACCUGUACCCUUCUGCAUAUUUCCCAGCGACAGGACGAUACCCUUCCGGAGACUUCCCCCGAAGUACCUACCCUAACAGCCCUCCCCCAUCCAGCCCUUACCCCAAGCAGGAGUACCCAGAGACCCGCUACAAGCCCCUCAGUGACUACUCGGGGUCCGAAGCCACGUCGCUUGUGUUCAGCGAAGACUUAGACAUGUCCCGGGCUUCAUCAGAGAUGUUAUAUCCAAUGUCGACCUUCCCAGCUAGCGGGUCAUAUCCUAACUUGCGAGACACCAACUCUCAAGGCGAACUCCCUGAUAGAGUAGACCCUUAAGAGACUAGACCCGUAGUAAUGUGGACACCAAGUAGAUUACGACUUCUUCAAUAUGGACAGUCAGAGGCCAAUAGCCACGUUAAUAUGGACACUCAGUAAUAUGGUUCAUGUUGUCAUGUUGAAGAGAAUACCUUCGACUACGAUGACACUAAAUCACAGGAAGAAAACAUUGUGUAUAGUGAACGCUUACACGUCAUUAAGGACACUGUGUAAUGUGCACACUCAGUAACAUGGUUAGAGCCAUAACGGACUAGACACGUUUAGAAACUACCUUCCGCAAUAAAACUAAUACCCCUUUUACAUGCCAACGCUUACUAAUGCGAAGGUUAAUUUCUCAUAAGAAAUUCACUGAACAUAACAAAACUGGUCAUGUGAACGCAUUGGCACAUUUAUGAAACAUUUCCUCGUGAGAAUAUUUACAUGAGCAAAAACGGUCUUACAGAAGUAAUUCUGCUCAUAAGUUAUUUUUCUUACAUACCAUAUAUUUUGUGUGUUUUAACUAAGAUACGUGACGGUUAACUUUCAAGGGAAAUAAUUCCCCUAACGUGAUAAGCAUUUUAUACACUGUCACUUAGUAUAUUAACCGACAGUGUAUUCUUGGCACAUCUUAUUGUGUUUUGAAUGUCUUCAGCAACCCAUGCUUGUCGUAAGAGGCUACUAACGGGAUCGGGUGGUCAGGCUCGCUGACUUAGUUGACACGAGUCAUCGUGCUGUUGUUCACUGGAUUGUCUGGUCCAGACUCGAUCAUAUACAGACCGCCGCCAUAUAGCUGGAAUAUUGCUGGGUGCGGCGUAAACCAACAAAUACAUAGGAACAUAUUGUCAGCAAUGUAAGCAUGAAUAUUCUCAGUAAUGUUGCUAAGGUAAACCACAGGCAAAUUGUAGUGCAAAUAGGGUUGCGCAACAAAGAAAAAAUGACCUGUCUUCCCAUAUGCGAGCGAAACGCAUAUGGAAAGACUGCUCAUUUUCUCUUUGUUGCGCAACCUAUUUGCGAUACAAUUUGCCUGUGGGUAAAGAUGACAGAUCUGAGAGAGAAUAUAGCUCCACUUGGCCCCGCAUCCUGCUAGACGGCUAAUCUGAGAGAGAACAAGAAGGAACAAGAAGGUUAACGCUCAUUAAAACUGAUACUGAACUAGAAGAUGGAUACUCUCACUUAUCUGGGCACAAAACAAGGAAGUGUUCCAGAAGACAGUGGAAAGACAUCUGAAG